AUAUUGUCAUCGGCUCACAGAUUAACCAGUGCUUCUUGUUCUGCAAGAAUUCUGAACCAAAAAUUAAUCCCCCAUAAGACGAUCUGUGCGAUGGCUUAGCCGAGUAAAAGACACGCACAGUUCAAGCCUACCCCAGGCAAGCGUCGCUGCGACAUAGCGCAAAAACUACGAAAUCUCGCGGCAAAAAUCGCUAUCGACGCUGCUGGCGUCCACGAGACCUCGCCCCUGUAAGGUCCAAAUUCCCCAAGAAAAACCACACGCGCGACCAUCGCGUCGCCGCCGCGCCCGUGGUUCGUCGUCGACGUACGGCGGCGGGCGGCCGGGGCGGCGCGCCAUGGAUUGGUUCGUGCGGUGCUACAUGCUGGCGAUCGCCAACGGCGUGUGCAUCGGCGGCGCGGCGAUGAUCGUCUACGGGAUCGUGCAGGUGUCGCGGACGGGCGGCGACGCGGGGUCCCUCGUCGUGCUCUCCCUCUUCCUGGCGCUCUGGGUCGCCGUCGGCUCCUGCGUCUACGCCUCCUUCUGCGGCGCGUUCUUCCCGUGGGCGUCGCUGCGGCGCCCGCUGGCUCCUGUCCGGGACGCGCUCUCCCGGUGCGCGCGCGCGCUGCUCCCGCGCCGGAACGGCGGCGGCGGCGAUGGCCUGCCGAGCCACCUGCGCGACGGCGUGCAGCCACGGGAGACGCCGACCGUGCGCGGAGGCGGAGGCGCGCGGGUGGCGACGGCGGACGACAUCCCCGCGUACGAGCAGCCGCCUGCGGGAGAGGGCGAGGGCGGCGCGGCGGCGGCGCCGGAGUGCGCGGUGUGCCUCGGCGAGGUGGAGAAGGGGGAGAUGGCGAAGCGGCUGCCGGCGUGCCUGCACGUGUUCCACCAGCGGUGCAUCGACGCGUGGCUGCGGGGCAACUCCACCUGCCCGGUCUGCCGGCGCAACGCCUUCGCCACGGCGGCGCCGCCAUUGCCGGCUCAAAUGGUGUAGUCAGCGAGAUGCUCUACGCCGUUCUUGCAUUCUUUUGCUUGUGCUUAUUCUUUUUCUCAUUUAACAAACAGCACUGUAUAUAAACUGUUAAACUGUAUAUGUACUUGGAGAAUUGAAGGAAAUUACUGGGUACUAAUUGAGUUA